UGUCGGUAAAGAAAAAGAAGGUUCUAAUCAAUAGUCUGAAGAAACUGCUUAAUUCGAUUAAUGUUAUUACGGAGACAGAAUAGAAAUCUCUUAAAGAUACAAUAAUUUUCGAAAAUAUGGAUUUCACAGGAAAACUGUUGUAGUCUUUCCCACUAUUUCUAGCCACGUAAUAAUACGUUGAAAUCUGUGUUUAUAUAAAACAAAACAAAUAAAAGUUUAUAUAAACAAGCAAUAGUAAUUUAUGUUAGAGAUCUGUUGCUUGAAAUAGAUAAAGGAAACCAAAAGGUCUUCCUCAUGCAUAUGCAGUAAGUGACAUGCUUUUAAUUGCGAUAUAUUUGUAUUAACAUAAUCAGUGAAGUUCCCUCCACUGGCACCUGGUAGGAGCCCGCGGGCUGCACACCUGGGCCGCGCUCGUCCACCUCUCUGCUCGGCCUCUGCUAACGUUAACCCCUUUUUUCAGACGUCGGGCGCCGCGGCUGGUUUCGCGCCAUUUCGCCACAGCACCACUCAUUCGCUCGCCACACUCGGCAGAGCGCGGCGGCCGACAGACAACUCGCACAAAUAAACAUUCGAAUUAUUCCUCACGUUCAAAAUAUACAACGAUAUAUUAAAAACAAUUCGCGACGACGACAAAGUUUGUGGCAAAAUUACAAACAUUCCUACUUAUCUGUGAUAAUAAUGAACACACAAUUAAUUUAAUUUUAGUGUUGUGAUUAGCUUAAAAUAAAUAAAUCCAAAUGCAACCGUCAAAAUAAAAUGUCUCGGGCCUCGGUGUUCAAAACGGUAUUUUAAUUUGUUUUGUUAAAAUAAGUAAAUAUGACGAAGUAUAAGUUGAACAAUACAGUGCGCUCGGCGUCGGAGGUGACGCUGACAUCGUACAUGACGGGCAGCACGGACAGCGGCAGCAAGCCGGCGGGCGAGCUGGACACCAACCAGAACGACCACGCGGGCGCCGAGUCCAACCGCAACCUGGCGCCGCGCCGCUGCCCCGCCUGCCCGCACGGCUGCGACUUCCUGCGCGAGUCCGAGACGCUGGCCGCCUCGCUGGCCAAGCAGGAGUGCGACAAGUUCGGCCUCAACGAGCUGCGCGUGGACGGCCUGGACAAGAACGUUUGCCUGUGCGAGAAGUACAACGGCGGCUGCAAGCUGUGUCCGCGCCCGCGCCUGCCCGCGCUCACCUACACGCUGGCCGGCAAGGAGGCCUGCCUCGCCUGCCACCGCUCCGCCUGCGCCGAGCCCUACUCAAAUACAAAUGGCACGUACAACGGCGAGCUGCCGCACAAGGCGGGCGAGGGCAGCGCGGGCGCGGGCGGCUGGCGGCGCGGCGCGGCGCGGCGGGCGCGCGCCUGCUGCUCCACCAAGACGCUGCUGCGCCGGCUGCCCAUCCUGCAGUGGCUGCCCAAGUACACAGCGCGACAUGGACUCGCAGACGCCAUCGCCGGUAUAACGGUGGGGCUGACGGUGAUCCCGCAGGCGAUCGCGUACGCGGGCGUGGCGGGGCUGCCGCCGCAGUACGGGCUGUACUCGUCGUUCAUGGCGUGCUUCGUGUACACGGUGUUCGGCUCGGUGAAGGACUCCGCCAUCGGGCCCACCGCCAUCGCCGCCAUCCUGACCCGAGAGAACCUGCACGGGCUCGGGCCCGAGUUCGCCGUGCUGCUCGCCUUCCUCUCCGGCUGUGUGGAGCUGCUCAUGGGCAUACUGCAGCUUGGUUUCCUGAUCGACUUCAUCAGCGGGCCGGUGUCGGUGGGCUUCACGUCGGCUGCCGCUAUCAUCAUCGCCACCACGCAGGUCAAGGACAUCCUAGGGCUCAGCUUUCCCGGGGGCAAGUUCCUACAGGUGUGGACGGGCCUGUACGAGCACAUCGGUGAGACGCGCCUGUGGGACUCCGUGCUCGGGAUCUCCUGCAUCGUCGUGCUGCUGCUGCUCAGGAAAGUGAAAGACAUAAAGGUGAGUUCGAAGUCGGGCGGCGAGUCGGGCAGCGCGUGCGAGGGCGAGUCGCGGCUGCGGCGCGGCGCGGGCCACGCGCUGUGGUUCCUGUCCACCACGCGCAACAUCCUCGUCGUGCUGGUCUGCGCCGCGCUCGCCUACUACUUCGACACGCAGCGCCAGGCGCCCUUCGUGCUCACAGGUGAGGUGAAACCGGGCCUGCCGGAGCUGUCAGCGCCGCCGUUCUCCGCCACUGUGGGUAACCACACCUACACGUUCUCUGAAAUGGCGUCUACGCUCGGCAGCGCCAUAUUCGUGGUGCCUUUGCUAUCCAUUCUCGAGAAUAUCGCACUCGCUAAAGUUUUCUCGGAGGGCAAGUACGUGGACGCGACGCAGGAGAUGGUGGCGCUGGGCGUGUGCAACAUGGCGUCGGCGCUGGUGCACUCCAUGCCGGUGUCGGGCGCGCUGUCCCGCGGCGCCGUGAACCACGCCAGCGGCGUCGCCAGCACGGCCGGCGGCCUCUACACCGGCGCGCUCGUGCUGCUCUCGCUGCAGUACUUCACUCCGUACUUCUACUACAUCCCAAAAGCGUCGCUGGCGGCCGUCAUCAUCGCCGCCGUGGUCUUCAUGAUGGAACUUCACGUCUUCAAACCUAUUUGGAGGACAAAGAAGCUGGACCUGAUCCCCGCGGUGGUGACGUUCGUGUCUUGCCUGAUGCUGCGGCUGGAGCUGGGCAUCGUCAUCGGCAUCGCUGUCAACUUAUUGUUCCUGCUCUAUGCCUCCGCCAGACCUUCCGUCAAAGUUACUACUGCUGUGUCCGCGGACGGUAUCGAGCACCUGGUGGCGGCGGUGGACCGCUCGCUGUCGUUCCCGUCGGCGGAGUUCGUGCGGCGCGCGCUGCGCAAGGCGGCCGAGCGCCACCACUCGCACGCGCCGCUCGUCAUCGACGCCACGCACGUGCAGGCCGCAGACUUCACCGCCGCCAAGGGUAUCAAGGCGCUGAUCGACGACUUCCACGCGCGCGGGCAGACCAUCAUCUUCUACAACGUGAAGCCAUCCAUCGCGGAGGUGUUCCGCGGGGUCCGGCCGCGCGAGUUCCUGCACUGCUCGUGUCGCGCGCAGCUGGACCGCCUGCUGCUGGACGCGGCCCGCAAAGACCUCCGCCCCGCGCUCUAGCGACGGCUGCGCGGGCGCACUGAUCUCCGCAGUACCUUGACCGACGAAACAGUAUUUAUUAGCGAUACCUACGUAUUUAUACUAGCCUAAUUAAUGUUAGCUAGGUUAAGUUUUGCCAGUCCCAAAGGACGAGGUCAAAUAAACGUGUUGGUUAUUUUAA